AUGAUUAUCCGAAAUGCUACUCCCGACGAUUUAAUUAAUAUGCAAAAUUGUAAUUUAUUAUGUUUACCAGAAAAUUAUCAACUGAAAUAUUAUUUCUAUCAUGGUUUAUCCUGGCCACAAUUAUCAUAUGUUGCAGAAGAUGAUAGCGGAAAAAUUGUUGGUUAUGUUUUAGCUAAAAUGGAAGAUGAUGGUGAAGAUACCAUACCUCAUGGUCAUAUAACUUCUUUGGCUGUACGACGAACACAUCGUCGUCUUGGUUUAGCUCAAAAAUUAAUGGAACAAGCAAGUCGAGCAAUGGUAGAAAAUUUCAAUGCUAAAUAUGUUUCAUUACAUGUACGUGUUAGUAAUCGAGCAGCAUUACACUUAUAUCAAAAUGCUCUUAAAUUCACAAUACAUGAUCGUGAUCCACGUUAUUAUGCUGAUGGUGAAGAUGCAUUUUCAAUGAGACGUGAACUAACACAAGCUACAAAAGUAUAG